GUUGGGCCUUAGGGCCCAAAACUUUCUAAAGGCCCGCCCAACAGAAGAUUUGUCGUGAUGAACAUCUGGUGAAGAUAUGGCGCCAGAGUGGCACAGUACCCAAUGGCAGCAGCAGCAAAGUGAUGACACCCACCAAAGCUACCGUCUUCUUCUUCCUCCGCCCAUAACUUUCCAUGCUGUCAUCGUUGAAUGGUAUAAAAUAUGCAACUUGCUGACUCCCUCUAGCCCAUUUCCUCUUCCUUUCCUCUCCCAAAAAAACCAGUUCACUCCAUAUAGAUAAUCUGAUAAUCAUAAUCAUUCAUCAUCCACCAAAUCCCAACUCACCCAGCACAAGACGAAGCCGCUCUUCCUUCCUUCCUUCCUUCCUCAGCUGGGUGAGAGAGACUGAAAUUGAAGAUGGCAGGCAUAGCAACAGCAGAAGCGUGCGACUCGAACGCCCCACUCCUGGCAAGUGGCGACCUCCGAGUCCUGCAGCCGGUGUUCACCAUCUACGGGCAGAGCCGCAUGUUCUCUGGCCCCAUCGUGACGCUGAAGGUGUUCGAGGACAACGUCCUGGUGAGGUCGAUGCUGGAGAGCAGAGGGGAGGGGCGAGUCCUGGUGGUGGAUGGCGCGGGGAGCAUGAGGUGCGCCCUCGUGGGGGGCAACCUCGGGCAGCUGGCUCAGAACAACGGAUGGGCCGGGAUCGUGGUGAACGGAUGCAUACGAGACGUGGACGAGAUCAAUGCCUGCGACAUCGGGGUCAGGGCGCUGGCUUCCCACCCCAUGAAGUCCAACAAGAGAGGGCAUGGGGAGAAAGGCGUGAACGUGCACAUUGCCGGAACUCUCAUCCGUGAUGGGGAGUGGCUCUAUGCGGAUAGCGACGGCAUUCUCGUCUCCAAAUCCGAGCUCUCCGUUUGAAUGAAUGAAUGAAUGAAUUCGCCUUGGUUGUUGCUUUGCUUCAAACAAUGUAAUAACACUAUGGAGAAAGGUAUAAACCAAACUUGGAAGGACAAGGCAAGGCCACCCCUUUUUUUCUCUUCAGAUUCUGUUUACUGUAUCUGUCCCAAGUCCUAAUAACACCCCCAUUCCCUUUAGUUUGUUAACAUUUUGGCGGUACAACUGUACAAGCCUACAACUGGAUUUGUUGGGCCUCUGGGCCCAAAGCUUCAUACAGGCCCAGCUCAAGACUCAUCAGGUGAAAAUAGAACUGAAGAUAAAUAGAUAAUGGCAGUAGCAGAAGC